AACAGUAGAAAACAAAAGCCACAAUUUAUAGUUACUCUUUUUUGUUUCCAAUGUUAUUAUCCGAAAAGUGGAAAUAUCAUCAAUGAACGCCACCGCGACAACAGCCAAGGCCAAUAUGGCUAGGAUUCUGAUUAUGAUUGUCAUGUUAUCAAACUACCACCACCUAUAUUGUGUGGCCACGGCCACCAGUCCAAUAAAGACGGUGGUGGUGCUAGUAAUGGAGAACAGAUCAUUCGACCAUAUGUUAGGGUGGAUGAAGAAGCUGAAUCGAGAAAUCAAUGGAGUGGAUGGCUCAGAAUCGAAUCCAAUCUCGACAACUGAUCCAAACUCUCCUCGCAUUUCCUUCGGUAAUCAAUCCCACUUUGUAGACCCUGACCCCGGCCACUCUUUCCAGGCCAUCCGUGAACAGAUUUUCGGCUCCAACGACACCUCCGCCAAUCCUCCGCCCAUGGAUGGCUUCGCCCAGCAAGCUCGUUCUAUGGAUCCCAACAUGACUCAGAGUGUCAUGAAUGGCUUCGUACCAGACAUGGUCGGAGUUUAUAAAAGUUUAGUCUCCGAAUUUGCCGUUUUUGACCGGUGGUUUGCGUCGGUGCCGGCAUCAACCCAGCCAAACCGGUUAUAUGUCCACUCGGCAACUUCUCAUGGUGCCACGUCAAACAUAGCCGCCCUACUAGCCAAAGGUUAUCCACAGCGGACAAUCUUCGACAACCUAAGCGACGCCGGAUUGUCCUUCGGAAUCUACUUCCAAAAUAUUCCGGCCACCUUAUUUUAUCACCUGAGAAAAAUCAAAUACUUAGGUAUUCACCCUUAUGAUUUAUCCUUCAAAAAUGACGCCAAAAAUGGAAAGCUGCCGAACUAUGUUGUGGUGGAGCAGCGGUACAUGGACUCUAAGUUGGAGCCGGCCAAUGAUGAUCAUCCAUCACAUGAUGUUUAUCAGGGACAGAUGUUCGUUAAGGGGGUGUACGAGACGCUGAGAGCCAGCCCGCAGUGGAACCGAACUCUGUUGAUUAUUACGUAUGAUGAGCAUGGUGGGUUUUUUGAUCAUGUGGCUACCCCUGUCAGUGGGGUCCCUAGUCCUGAUGGGAUUGUGGGGCCCGAUCCUUUCUUUUUCAAGUUUGAUAGAUUGGGCGUUAGGGUCCCCACAAUUAUGGCGUCACCAUGGAUUGAAAAGGGCACUGUCGUCCAUAGUCCCAAAGGUUCACCAUAUAAGACAUCAGAAUAUGAGCACUCUUCCAUUUCAGCAACAGUCAAGAAGACAUUCAACCUGCCAUCUUUUCUAACUAAGAGGGAUGAGUGGGCUGGCACCUUUGAAUCCAUUCUCCAAACCAGGAAAGAACCUAGAACUGAUUGCCCAGAACAACUUCCAACUCCGGUAAGGAUAAGGCAAGGGGAGGCGAAAGAAGAUGCCAAGCUUACUGAAUUUCAGCAAGAGCUAGUGCAACUUGCCGCAGUCCUCAAAGGAGGACAUUUGGCAACUUACCCACAACAGAUUGGGAAAGAAAUGACUGUUAAGGAAGGGAAACAAUACAUGAAAGAUGCAGUAAAGAGCUUCUUUGAGGCUGGAUUUUCUGCCAAAAGAAUGGGCGUUCACGAGGACCAAAUUGUGAAAAUGAGGCCAUCUCUUACAACAAGAAAAUCCAAGCCUUCAAGUCAAAACCACCAUUAAUCAAGCAUAGAAUUAUUGGCUGGUUAUAAUGUAAAUACAGCAAUAUUUAUAUACCAAGUUCUGUGUAUGUGCUAAAAGUAUUCACAAUAUGUCAAAAAAAGUAAUUAGAGUUGCUCUGAUUAAUAAUUUCUGGCUAUUACAAUUUGGGCCACUGAAUUAUAUACAAAAGUCAUCAUGACCAAAUCAAAUUUGGGUUUGUUACAA